UCCUUUCACUAUUGAAAUUUUGAAGUCUCAUAAAAAUAGGAAACUGAUAAAGAUAGCUAAUUUUUUAAGGUGAUCAUAUGUAAAUUUACUAAGAAAAAACGCACGUUUUUAUUGAUUUUUCCUGAAAAUGGUUUAUUUCAUUGUUUUCUUAAUAAUUUGCUUAUUAGUUUUAAUAUUAUAUUUCAAGCUAUCUGCAGGAGUGUGUAAAAAUAAAAAUUCUAUGGAAGGAAAAGUGAUAAUAGUAACAGGAGCUAACUCCGGAAUAGGAUUUGAAACGGCUCGUGAGUUGGCAGCACGAGGAGGCAGGAUUAUCUUAGCUUGUCGUAAUGUAGAAAAAGGUCAAGAGGCUGUUAAGAAGAUAAUUAAUUCCACUAAAAAUUCGAAUGUAUGCAUAAAGCAAAUAAACCUGGCCUCCUUGAACUCGGUGAGAAAAUUUGCCGACGAAAUCAACAGUACGGAAAAGAGACUGGAUGUCCUUAUCCACAACUCAGGAGUAUAUUGUACAGGAUUGAAGUUUACAGAAGAUAGUUUAGAAGAACAGUUUGCUACAAAUUACUUUGGUCCAUUUUUGUUAAACCAUUUACUUUUAGACCUGCUCAAGAGAUCCGCUCCUUCUCGCAUAAUUGUUGUAUCUUCUUUUGCAUAUAGAACAAGUAAUCUUGAUUUGGAAAAUAUGAAUUGCGAGAAACAUAUUAACAGUACAUUUUUGACAUACAGUAAUACUAAAUUAGCAAAUAUUUUAUUUGUGCACGAACUGUCUAAGAAGUUAAAUGGAACUGGAGUUACUGCUAACUCACUACAUCCAGGAUUAGUUAAAACAGGAAUAUUCCGUAACACUCCGUGGUACACAAAAUUUAUAAUACUACCAAUAAUUUAUCCCUUUUUGAAAGACCCUAAAAGUGGAGCACAGACAACAAUAUAUUUAGCUACGGACGACAGUGUCAGAGACACAUCAGGGAAGUAUUUCGCUGAUUGUAAACCAGCAUGGAUAUUACCAGGUGCUAGAGAUGAUAUCAAAAGCAAAGAAUUGUGGGGAAAAUCUGAAAUUUUAACGAAAAUUAAAUAAUUUUAAAUUAAAAAUACUUGCAUCCGUUGCAUUUUUGUAAAUAUUUAAACAACAGCAGAAAACUAAAUUGAAAUUCGGUUAUUGCUGAACUUGAAGAUCAUAUGAACUAUUUGAGUUUGUCAUUAAUUUCCAACAUUCUGUACAGAGGCGAAAUACAGCGCGUUUUGGGAAUAAUUUUAUAGAGUGCAAAGUAUGUAUAUGAUAUUCA